AUGCCGCCUUCAAGUUCCGAAGUAGAUAAAUUAAAAAAGGCCAAAACCUUGCGAAAUACGGAAAUAAAUCGUAUUCGUGACACUUGGCAAAUUGCUUCUGAAGCUCAAAAGGAUACCAAUAUACAACCUGAAUUUAUUCAAAGAUAUCGCACAAUUGAUACAAUUAGUGACGCAUUUGCUAAGCAACAUAAUAUAAUUUGUUCCCUUCUUGAAUCGGAUGAGGAAUUCGCAGUUGAGGAUGAAAUACGCAAAGAAUUUGAAAGUUUAUCAGUGCGUCCACAAAUAAUUGAUAUAUUUGGUCUCGGUACCAUGAAAACGCGAAGUGAUAGUGGUAUUGUACAAGGCGUAAUUGUACCUUUAAAUUCAGAGUCCCCUCAGCUAAUUAUAGAAGCUCUUGUUUUGGAUCAAGUCUGUACAUCGAAUAUGCCGGUAUGUAAUUUUAAUAUAUCAGAUUGGGAACAUAUAAAAAAUAUUAAUCUUGCCGAUCAUUCAUUUAAUAUUAGUCAGUCUGUCGAUAUGAUACUGAACGCUUCGGUGUUUAAUAAAAUUUUACUUGAUGGUAAAAUUCCCGCGCUAAAUUCUAAUGUGCCAGAUGCAAUAAAUACAUUAUUUGGAUAUAUUUUGAUGGGAGAUAUUUCUUCACGCUCGUCCUCAUACUCUCUAUCAAACUCUUUUUUUACUAAAUUUAAUUGUGAAAACGUAGAAAAUGUAAUUUCAAAGUUUUGGGCUCUUGAAGAAAUAAAUAAUAAACAAUUUUAUUCGGACGAUGAUACUUAUUGUGAAGAUUAUUAUACAAAAACGACGUUUCGUUUAGAUUCCGGUCGCUAUGUUGUUUCGCUUCCAUUUAAAAAUAAUAUCGAGCCUUUUUUCGAAAAUUCAAGAUUACCCGCACUUCGCAGAUUUCUUUCUUUAGAGAAAAAACUUAAAAUAAACCCCGAAUUAAAGGUUCAGUACAGUAAUAUAAUUCAAGAAUAUAUUGACAAUGGACAUUUAGAGUUAGCUGAUCAGACUAUCGAUAAUAAUGAAUAUUUUAUACCGCACCAUUGCGUUUUUAAUCCACACUCUGUAACAAGUCCAAUUCGCAUAGUUUUUGACGCGUCCUGUAAGGAUUCUAAUCAUAUAUCUCUUAAUGAUUGUCUUCUGAAAGGACCUAAAUUACAAAAGGACAUUUCCGCUAUUUUAUUAAAUUUUCGCUUAUACGCUAUCGCAAUAACUGCUGAUAUUAAAGCUAUGUAUCGCCAGAUCCAACUAAAUCCUAAAUUUUAUAAAUUCCAAAAAAUAUUUUGGCGCUUUUCCAGUGAGGAACCCGUACAAGAAUAUGUACUUAAAACUGUAACAUUCGGAGUUAACUCAUCACCCUUUCUUGCGUUACGUACUAUUAAUCAAUUAGCAAAUGACGAAAAGGAAUUAUUUCCUCACGCUUCAAAAAUUCUUCUUUCUGAUAAUAUUUUUGUGGAUGAUAUUUGUACAGGGUGUAACACAGUGCAAGAAGCUACUAAUCUUCAAUAUGAAUUAUCAAAUUUAUUGUUAAAAGGUGGAUUUGAAUUAAGAAAAUGGUCUAGCAAUAAUAAUGAUUUUUUAAAGACUAUUCCUGAACAUCUUUUACUUAAGAAUUGCAUAAAUUUUGAUUUAGAUUCUGCGUUAACUGUAAAAAUUUUAGGACUUAAAUGGAAUCCAACUGAAGAUAGUUUUUCUUAUUCUGUUACGUCAUUUAAUGUAACUUGUACUAAACGUAAUAUGCUAUCAGAACUCGCUCGCAUAUAUGACCCUCUUGGUUUCUUAACCCCUGUUACGCUACUUUCAAAACUAUUAAUUCAAAACCUUUGGUCGCUUAAAUUAAAUUGGGAUGAUGUACCUCCGCCGCAAAUAAUUAAACGCUGGGAAUUAUAUAAAUCUCAGUUACCAGAUUUGCUUAAAGUUCGCAUACCUCGUUAUCUUUUUUCUAAUAGUUUCGAAUUUAUUGAAUUAUGCGGAUUUUGUGAUGGUUCUCAAGACGCUUAUGCCGCCUGUAUUUACGUGCGUCUUGUGUCACAAUUUAAUAUAACUACAUCGCUGUUAUGUGCUAAAUCAAAAGUCGCUCCGCUAAAACGCAUUUCCAUACCUAGGGUUGAACUUUGCGCUGCGUUACUUCUUACGCGUUUAUUUUCAUUUGUUCUUAAGACUUAUUCGUCAAAAAUUAUAUUCAAAAAUAUUUACGGUUUUACCGAUUCUACUAUUGUAUUACAAUGGCUUCAGUCCUCGCCACAUCGUUUUAAACCCUUUGUCGCUAAUCGAAUUGCCGUAAUACAAGAAGAAUUACCCAAUGUACAUUGGUUACAUGUAUCUUCGAGUAAUAACGCCGCCGAUCCUGCAAGCAGAGGUAUUUUUCCUUCUGACUUUGUCCAGUGUUCUACCUGGUGGACAGGACCCGAUUUUCUUAAAAAACCUCAAAGCCAAUGGCCUCUAAAUCUUUUUCCUCUUACGCCUGAUUUAAAUCAAAACGACGAG